GGCGCGGGCCGCCAUGGCGUCGCCCCCGCUGUCGGCGGCGGGCGGGAGCGGCGGCGAGCUCAGCUCGGGCUCCGAGGCGGCGGCCACGGGCGCGGCGCCGCCGGACCGGGACCUGCCCGCGCUCUUCGAGCAGGCGGCCGAGCGGCUCCCCUCGCUGCUGCCCGCUGCCAGCAAGGAGCAGCUGCUCUAUCUGUACGCCCGCUACAAGCAGGUGAAACUUGGAACCUGUAACACCCCCAAGCCAAGCUUCUUUGACUUUGAGGGAAAGCAGAAAUGGGAGGCUUGGAAAGCCCUGGGAGAUACCAGCCCUCACCAAGCUAUGCAGGAGUACAUCGCUGCAGUGAAAAAACUCGACCCCAGUUGGAAUCCACAGACACCAGAGAAGAGGGGAAAGGAAAGCAAAACUGUAUUUGGAGGCCCAGUCAUCAGCUCAUUAUAUCAAGAAGAAGAAAUAAUCAGGGAAGAGGACAAGAACAUUUUUGAUUACUGCAGAGAAAACAACAUUGACUAUGUAACCAAAGCCAUUCAAUCAAAAAAAGUGGAUGUGAAUGUCACAGAUGAGGAGGGCCGAGCUCUGCUCCACUGGGCGUGUGACAGAGGACACAAGGAGCUGGUUUCAGUUCUGUUACAGAACGCUGCUGAUGUGAACAUCCAGGAUGGCGAAGGCCAGACUGCACUCCAUUAUGCUGCCACCUGCGAGUUCUUGGACAUCGUGGAGCUGCUGCUGCAGUCGGGAGCCGACCCCGGGCUGCGGGACCAGGAGGGCUGCCUGCCCGAGGAGGUGACGGACUCCAAAGCCAUCACUUCGGCUCUGCAGCAGCACGGCCCCGGCGAGCCCUGAGCCCCGGGACAGAGAUGCUCCGCAAUAAACACCCCUUCCCUCCCUCCCUGCCGCCCUCCCCAAACACCUCGGGGGUUCCAGGGGACCUUUUAAAGCACGGGGUCUGGCUGGGCUCUCCAGCACGAGGGCCAAGCAGAAUGGCAUCAGAGCUUGGCAUGCUCUGACACUCAUCAGUAUUUGAGGGGGGAGGGAGAGGGGAGAAGGCCUGGAGGAGGCCCCAAGUGUUAUUUUAAUGUAUCAAACACGAGUACUGUAUGGGCUGUCUCACCAGAGCAGCGUGGGCUGACCUGUCGGCUCCUCCGUGGGGAUGCAGGGCCAGGUGAGAUGCUCGUCUCUCCCAUUCAGGCUGAAUUUUAGGUUUUUGUUUUUUUGUUUUUUUUUUUUCCCUGGGUCCAAACAAAUAAUAUAAAUAAAAGCACAGUGUUGGGAUCAA